AUGAUAACCUCGUUGCCGUAUUUCAUUUACGGUCCAGCUCAAGAGUCAGAUUUGGAGCUUGCAGGUAAUAUGACGUUAUUAUCGAAAUCCAAGAACGGUGAUCAAAUGUGCUUGUCGAGCUUUCAAAAGGAGGAUUGCAGCCAAAUGGGUGCCACUAAGCUUAUGACUGCAGUUGCAGUUAGUUGUUUUGCAAUCAGCAACUUCUUCCGAGGUUUUGGGACAAGUAUUUACUUUACUUAUGGAACUCCUUACUUGGAUGAUAAUGUCAGCAAAGCGAAAAUGCCGAGUUUUUUUGCAUUCAUUUUUGCGGGCCGAAUCUUGGGAGCUCCGAUUGGUUUUUACUUGUCGUCGGUGGCUUUGAAAUACUAUGAGAAUCCAUUCGGACGGCCGGCUGGAUUAGUCGACACUGAUCCGCGUUGGAUAGGAGCUUGGUGGAUUGGAUUUUUGGUUUCAGGUACACUGAUGUUACUGCUUGCUAUACCUUUGGCCUUCUUUCCACGAGAGUUCAAGAAGAAUCUCAAUAAAAAGGAGCAAGAGUUGCCAAUAAAUGGGGACCAAGCGAAUCAUAGUGAGGGAGUGCAACUGGUUGAACGAGGAAAGGGUGGAGAUAUAGCCGCUUUUGAGGGAGACCUGGAAAUACAAACAACUAACAAUAGCGUCGCCAAAGAGCAAAAGAAACCCGAUUUGAGCCUCAGCGAAAUGCCCGCUGAGAUCAUUGCAAUUAUUACUAAUCCUAUUAUAAUCUGUCAGAUGAUGGGCAAUCUAUUUCGUGGAAUUGGAAUCAUUGGUUACUUUGUAUUCCAAACUAAAUAUUUAGAGGCCCAAUUUAGACAAUCAGCAUCAAAAGCCAGCUUAGUGAGUGGUACGACAGGUUUCUUGGCAAAAAUUUUUGGAGUUUUGUUUGGUGGUGUACUUAUAUCGGUUUGCCGACCUGGGCCACGUGCUUUACACAACCUUUAUAUUCUUUGUUGA